AUGGUCAUGAGCCUUUGUCUGCCCUGCCUUGUCUGCCAGCCUCAUGGCCUCAACUGCUUCCACCUUGAGAACCACGGCAAUUCUAAAGAUGGAGACGUGCUGCUCACUGCCUUCUUCCCCAUCUAUCUAUACACCAUCAAAAUGGACACCUACCAUCCAGGAGGGCAGCCCACGCUCACAAGGAUUCAGUUCAAGAACUUCCAGCACUUGUUGGCUCUGGUGUUUGCUGUCGAGGAGAUCAACAGGAACCCCCAUCUCCUGCCCAACAUCACGCUAGGAUUUGAUUUCUACAAUAUCAUGCACAGCAACAGGAAGACACUGGAGAAUCCACUCAGGUGGCUGACAGGGCUGGACAGAGGAAUUCCUAACUACACAUGCAAGAGAGGGGGCAAGGCUGUGGCGGUCAUAUCAGAGACAAGCAUUUCCGCCCAGAUGGGGACGCUGCUGGAACUGUACAGAAUCCCACAGCUCACACUGGGUCCUUUGGACCCUCUUCUGAGUGACAGCAGCCAGUUCCCCUCCGUCUAUCAGAUGGCCCCAAAGGACACUUCUCUGGCCCUCGCCAUGGUCUCCCUGAUGCUGCACUUUGGCUGGACGUGGGUGGGGCUGGCAAUUCCGGAUCUCCAGAAGGGUGAUGCGUUUCUGUCCGAUUUGAGUUCAGAGAUGCAGGAGCAUGGCCUCUGCCUGGCCUUUGUGGAACUGAUCCCAGUCAACAGCAUUGUUCCCUCGGAAGAUUUAGAACAGCCAGCCCGCAUCCUGACAUCCUCAGCCAAUGUGGUUGUUCUGUUUGGUGACACGGAAGCACUUAUUAAGCUAAUCUUCCUGCUGAUGAGAUCUCUGCUAACAUGGAAGGUCUGGGUCACCACCUCCCGCCUGGAGUUUGCCACAAAUCAGCAACAUUUCCUGUUGCAUUCCUUGCACGGUGCCCUCAUCUUCUCUAACCACCGCAGCGAGAUUCCGGGAUUCCAACACUUUUUGCAAACAGCAACGCCUGCCAAGUACCCAGAGAACGUUUACCUUGCCCUGUUCUGGUCUCUGGCCUUUCACUGCCCCAUUUCCAAUGCUGACUGCAGGACGCUGCAGGGCUGUCCCCCAAAUGCUUCCCUGGAUUGGCUGCCCUGGGAGGAAUUUGACAUGACGAUGAGUGAUGGGAGUUACCACAUCUACAACACGGUACAUGCCAUAGCACAUUCCCUGCACAAGAUGCAUCAGCGUGAUUCGGAAGUGCAGCCAAGGAGGCCUGGGGGGAAGACAGUGACAUCCCGCUGGCAGCUUCACUACUUUCUCAAGAGCCUCCAAUUUACCAAUCCUGCUGGCGACCCUGUGAACUUGGACCAGAAAAGAAAGCCUGCUGCAGCCUAUGACAUUUUCAACUUCUGGAAUUUUCCUGAAGGACUUGGCCAUAAGGUGAAAGUGGGACAUUUCUCCCCCUACAAUCCACCAGGCCAACAACUGUCUGUAUCUGAGGAGUUGAUAGAGUGGGCCACGGGGAUCACACAGACCCCGCACUCAGUGUGCAGCGCCAGCUGUGGCCCUGGGUUCAGGAAGACUGCCCGCGAAGGGGAGCCUGUGUGCUGCUUUGAUUGUAUCCCCUGUCCAGACAACAAGAUUGCCAACGAGACCGAUACGGAAGAGUGUGUGACAUGUCCUGAUCACCAGUAUGCCAAUGCAGAGCAUAACCAAUGCCUGGACAAGAAAGUGACCUUCCUGGCUUUCAAAGACCCCCUGGGAAUGGUCCUGGUCUGCACAGCUCUGUCCUUGUCUGUGGUCACAGCUGCCAUCCUUGCAGUCUUUGUAAAGCACCAAGGCACACCCAUUGUCAAGGCCAACAACCGCACCCUCAGCUACAUGCUGCUCAUCUCACUCCUCCUCUGCUUCCUCUGCUCCUUCCUCUUCAUUGGCCGUCCCAACACAGCCACCUGCCUCCUAAGACAAAUCACAUUUGCCCUGGUGUUCACACUGGCUGUUUCUGCCGUGCUGGCCAAAACCAUCACUGUGGUUCUGGCCUUCAAGGCCAUGAAACCUGGAAGGACCAUGAGGCGAUUGCUGGUGUCAGGAGCCCCAAACGCUGUCAUUCCCAUCUGCGUCCUCAUCCAACUGACUCUCUGUGGCAUCUGGCUGGCAACAUCUCCUCCCUUUGUGGACACAGAUGCACACUCUGAGCAUGGACACAUCAUCCUCUUGUGCAACGAGGGCUCCAUCACUGCCUUCUACUGUGUGCUGGGCUUCCUGGGCUCGUUGGCCCUGGGCACCUUCACUGUGGCUUUCCUUGCCAGGAAGCUGCCUGACACGUUCAAUGAAGCCAAGUUCCUGACGUUCAGCAUGCUGGUGUUCUGCAGUGUGUGGGUGACCUUCCUGCCUGUGUACCAGAGCACCAAGGGGAAGGUCAUGGUGGCCGUGGAGGUCUUCUCCAUCUUGGCCUCUGGUGUGGGUCUCCUGAGCUGCAUCUUUGUCCCCAAAUGCUACAUCAUUCUCCUGAAGCCUGAACGGAAUUCUUUGCAAGUUUUAAAGGCCACAAGAGAUUCUCAGAGAAACAGGCCGACUGUCAUGUUGUCUAGCAAUCCUUUGUCGCCCUGA